CUCCCAGGGCUUGAUUUGCAUAAGGACAGCUGGCCAGUCUUUUCCAGAACCGGCUUCCCGCCCUGCCCUCCCGAGUCUCCCGCGGCCGCAAGUGGUUCUUCCUUCUGCCCCGCCCCCGGCAUGGCCCUGGUGCCCCCCAAGAGAAGGCGGGGCGCAGGCCGGGGGGAGGAGGCCGGGGGCGCUGCAGCCCCCUCCCCAGCCCCGCUCCGCUUCCCGGGGCUCACCAUCUACCUGGCCGAGCGGCACAUGGGCCGGAGCCGCCGGGCUUUCCUCACGGGGCUGGCCCGGGCCAAGGGUUUCCGCGUGGACCAGGCUUACAGCCCAGAAGUGACCCACGUGGUGAUGGAGGGGAGCUCAGCAACAGAAGCAUCUGGCUGGCUGGAUCGUGUGUUGGGGGCCUCUGGGAGCCUUCCAAGGCCCCUGCUGUUGGAUAUCAGCUGGUUCACUGAGAGCAUGGGUCAGGGGAAACCUGUGCCAGUGGAAGGCCGACACUGCCUGGGGGUCCCAUUACCCACAAGGAGCCAGGCAGAUCCAGGCUGUCUGCCAGCCUACGCUUGUCAGCGACACUCGCCCCUCAACCACCACAAUCUGUGCUUUACGGAGGCCCUGGACACGCUGGCAGAAGCUGCGGGCUUUGAGGGCAGCGAGGGCCGUUUCCUGUCCUUCCGCCGGGCUGCCUCGGUGCUCAAGGCCCUGCCCGGCCCCAUCACCAGCAUAAGCCAGCUGCGAGGGCUUCCCCAUUUUGGAGACCAUUCUUCCAGGAUUGUCCAGGAACUGUUGGAAUGUGGAGUUUCUAGUGAAGUUGAAAGAAUAAAACAAUCAGAGAGGUAUCAGACCAUGAAGCUCUUUACCCACAUCUUCGGAGUUGGGGUGAAGACUGCUGACAAGUGGUAUCGUGAUGGGCUCCGGAGCCUGGCCGAUCUCCAAGGACAGACCAGAAAACUGAGCCGGCAGCAGGAAGCAGGGAUCUGCCAUUUUGAGGACCUGAACACCCUGGUCUGGCGCCACGAGGCAGAAGCCAUCCAGCGGGUUGUGGAGAAGGCCGUACGGCAAGUGCUUCCUGGUGCUACCGUGACCCUGACCGGAGGCUUUCGAAGGGGAAAGCUGCAAGGACAUGAUGUGGACUUCCUUAUCACUCACCCCGUAGAAGGACAGGAAGAAGGACUGCUCCCCAAGGUGAUGGACCUCCUGGAGAGCCAGGGCUUUGUUCUGUACCGACACACCCAAAGCAACCAUUACCAAGACCUCAAGGACCCUGCCCAGAGCACUUCCCUCUUCGAUGCCUACGAGAGGUGCUUCUCCAUUCUCCGGCUCCCAGACCCAACUGCAGCCUUCCGCCCGGAGGCUGGAGAGGAGCCCUGCAGGGACGGGAAGGCCGUGCGAGUGGACCUUGUGGUGGCCCCUGCCAGCCAGUUUGCCUUCGCCCUGCUUGGCUGGACUGGCUCCCAGCAUUUUGAGAGGGAGCUUCGAAGGUUUAGCCGAGCAGAGAAGCAGCUGCUGCUGAAUAGCCACGGGCUCUAUGUCCCAGGAAAGAAGGAGUCAUUCCCAGCGGCUUCAGAGGAGGACAUUUUCAGGCACUUGGGCCUAGAGUACAUCGCACCAGAAUAUAGGAACGCCUGACUGCUCGGUUUCUAGUCCCACAAGGGCCUCCAUUUGUGGGUAGCCAGAGAAGCAUAAGGGUUUGGGGGGCAGGAAGGGCUCCUCCAUCACAGCUUGGUCUGGUGACCAUUCCAUCCUGCUCCCCUCUGCGGGGGACCCCAAGAAGCCCGCCUGGAAAAAGCCUGGACUUCCUGAUUCUCCCAUCCUGAUUCUUGGGAAGGAGAAGGUCCUUUCAAACCAGUCUAGAGCAUCCAAGAAUCCUCAGGUCUUUCAGAACCACUUGUCCCGUGUCGCAGAAUCAGUUCCCUGCCCCACCUUCUCACCAGCAGGGGCUUUGAAGACAAUGCAACGCAGUCAGUAGAGACCUGGAAUGUCUGGACCAAGGUGCCCGUCAGAAAUUUGGGGCCCAUAACCCUUUGCCUUUUUUCAGUCCCGGGGGCUAGGUGGUUCUAUGGACAUGAAAAAACAAUUCUAAUUAAAGUGCUAUCUAUUUUUGCAAGGAGCUUCCUUUGCUUAAUUCUGGUGUGAGCGUCUCCACUUCUCCAGGUUGGACCUCAGAAUUUCAGGAAAACCCCUUGGGUGGUUGAAGGGAUGAUGGCUGGGAAUGGGGAGAGAAUUGAGACAGACGGGUCCCCACUCCCAGCAGUCCACGUGCGAGGGGAUGUGGUCUGCAGUAGGGUGGUGUGAGGGGCAGAGGGGAGUUACCAAGAUGAAAUGGGCAGAUUGUAGCACCAUAGUGGAUAAGGGCAGUGGGGAAGGGAGAGAAGGACUUGGGAGGAUGGUCUUAGUCCCCAGAGUAAUAAAAUAGGUGGCGGGGAGGGGCAAGGUUAGGGGGAAAGAGAAUGACUUCUGUCUUGGAUAUUCUGAGCUGAAGAUGUUGUGUCGGCAUGCAGGUUGGGACGUCGGCAAGGCAGCUGGAGGCGAGAGACGGGGGCAGGAUAACUAAAUCUGAGAAUCAUCAUUACUGAGAGGGUCGUUAAACCAUGGGAGCUGAGGUAUCGCCGAGGGAUUCAGGGAGCCGGUGGGCAGGAGGCAUGGGGUAGAAGUGGUCCAGAGCUGGCAUAUGAGGGACAGAGACUGCUGGGGCAUUGACCCUGCUGGAGUUGGGAGGUGGCGGCAACACCAGAACGAGAAGGGGAUGGAAGAGUCAAAAUUCAGCUUCCCAGUACUAACUUCUUCCUUGGGGUGAUGAAACUUUUAGACAAGGGAGGUCCCUGAGACCCAAGGGCCCUUUUCUGCAAACAGAAGGGGCUUCUCCCUUCCACUACCCCUCAACCCUGCCCCGCCCCCAACUAGGACAAGGCAUUUGUGUGUUACUGUGGUAACAGGACUGUCAUAUUUACUCGUCU